CGUCCCCUGGAUGGUUCGACGUCGAGCAUGGGAAGUCGUAUGGGCCGGCGACUCUACUGCGCCUGACUCACUACUUCGAAAUGGAGUUUGUGACGGAGACGGAAAUUGAUGGCGUUGACGUCGAGCGGUACAGAGGCUGUGAAGCGGAAGGUCACGUGGAGCUGUUUUAUUCGUAUUCAAAGGUUCCUUGGCAGAUGCCGGAGAUCACGUGGUUCCCCGGCGAGGACGACCGAAUUCCCGUCGAGUUCGAGGUCGAGAUGAUGGACCAGUCUGAGCACUACGAGUACCACGUGUUGAAGUUCGUGCCUUGGGUUGAGCAUCACCAUUUGCUUGAGGUUCCCCGUGGGCUGUCUUGUGAAGGUUUAGUGGGCGUGGUCUCGGAUCUGCCCGUGCCCGACAUACCCAGCCAUUUUUCCCUUGCGGAGGAGGUCGUCUCAAACCCAAUGAUCGACGGAGUGAGCUUGGGGUCACAGCACCUGGAUAAAGUCAAGUUUGCGUACGCCGAGGGUCUGUCUCUGGUUCGCCUCGAUGUCGUUCCGCCCAAUUACGUCACCGAGCUCACAGAUCACGUGGUUGAGGUCGUCCACGAUUUCAACACAGGUGCUCAGUACAUAAUCGACCGCGAAUUUGGCAACUGUUCUGUUGAUCGUAUUCCAGAAUACACCUUCGACACUCAUUUUGGAGGCAUGCUGGGAACAGGGGGGUCCAUGCUCGGCCCCAACGAACUGUUCCACCUGGACGACACCUACGCGUAUGUGGGCGAACGAUCCACUCGGCAAAUCGGGAGCGACAUGUGGACCUCCACCCGCGAUGAUAUUCCAGAUCCCGACGUCGGCUUUGUGGAGAACUUUCCCAAGGCGGCUCUCGAGUAUUACUUCGCUCAGGUCACUUUAGUUCGUCCAAAAAAUGUCUUCCAGGCGACGGGUAUGAUGACGACCAACUUCUACGACUUCAAGGAGGUGGCUCUGUACACGGAGACGGAGUUUAGCGUGGAGGAAUGCUACGAGCGCUGGAGCGAUCGGUGGUCGUACCUCAUUAUCACCUUCCCCGCCGCCCACAAGAACCAGUUCGAAGCAGCCGAGAGGAAGCAAGAUUUGUUCAAGCAUAAUGUUUUCGAUCUUAUAGUAACCAGGGGGGAUAUAUCACCUGUUCGGAUCGCUUCCAUUGAUGUAUCAGAGGGAGUCUCCGGCCUGGUGCCCAACACAACGGACGCAGAUCUGAUCAUCGUCUCCGUGAAGCUUCUUGAGAGAGCCCCCUACCUCCUCUCCUACAGGGAACCCUCUGACGAGCCAGAGAAGUUUCCCGGCGUCAACGAGAAGACCUUCGAAAACGUUAACAGCGAGGACUGCGCUAAAAUGUGUACAGAGGAACGUGGAUUCCAGUGCAAGUCCUUCCACCACUGCGAUGACAGAAUCUGCUUCCUGAGCGCCCUUGACACCGCUGACGGCGAGCCAGUUGACACGGUGAACAGGUGCCACCACUGGAUUUCCAACAUUGACAACCAAACCUUCGCUGAUCUGCCGUCGACCGAGGUUUACUCUGUUAUCCUGGACGCUAUUCGACACGGGAAAUUUAUCUUCAGUAUUCCGUACAAGAAGACAUUCAGCCCAGUCACCCUACUCUGCGCAGAAAACUCGUGGGACGAGGCCAGAGCUCACUACAGGACACGAUGGACCAUCAGGAGCAGUCACCUCGAGGACUCAGAGUUAUACAUUCAAGACGGGAUGGAGAACCUGGACGAAUGCCUGACCCUCUGCGUGGCCUACAGAGCUUUCCGCUGCGAGACCGUCGUGCACAAGCCUCUGGACCAGCAGUGCAUGCUCAUUGCCUCCCACUACCACGAUAUCAACUCCUCUUAUAUCAAGCCGGAGAGUGAUUCCUGGAUUCAUUCAAGAUCGUACCUGGCCGACUAUAGCCCUGUCUUCGGUGGCGUGGCUCUGAACACCUCAGGCCCUACGUAUGAAAAUGUGGAUCACCUGGAGGCGUGUGCUAGAUAUUGCUCACGAGAAACGAGCAUCACGUGCCAGAGUUUCGAGUGGUGUCACGAGCAGCGCCUGUGUCAUCUACAUCAAGAGCAUUUCCUGGACGUGGUUAACGGAGGCAACUAUGGCGUUCAGACUUCGUGCAUCCACUUCUCCAAGCGAAACGACCAGAUGUUCUCGCGAUAUCCCCAUCAAGGAUUGGCCAACGACAAGCACAGACUGGUUGCCUUCAAGACUGACGUUUCGAGCUGCGCCAAACUUUGUGUCGAAGAAAGUGACAUGACCUGCCAGAGCUUUGACUUCUGCUCUGUAUGCGGGGAGGACGAAUAUAGUGUCUGCGGGGAAGAUAACUCCGGCUCAACCAACCUGUGUUAUUUGUCCGACCACCACCUGGGCGAGGGCGGAAUCGCUCUCACCGCUGCCACCAGCUGCGAGCACUAUUCCCGUGAAGUUUUCGGUGACGUGGACUACCCUACUUGGGUCUCCAGGCAGAGAAAGUCUGACAAGCCAUACACUUCAGGCGACAUGGCGGGGUUGGCCUUCGGCAUGAUCUUCCUCGGUAUCUUGGUCGCCGUCGCCUUCCUCUUCGGCAUGACCUACGCCAAGCCUUCGUCAGUGCCCAAGGACUUCUCCAUCAGCUUCGUCAACCUCAAGACGGGCGAGUCUUACAGUUAGCUCUCGCGAUAGGUCGAUAGUUGAAGAGUUUGAUUAGUCUUUCUCUCUGGUCUGACUGUUUCUCGUUUCUUUCUUUCUUCAUUUUUCCUCUUUCUUUCUUUCGUUGGUUCUUUCUUUCUCUCUCUCUCUCUCUCUCUCUCUCUCUCUCCCGCUCUCCUUCUCCCUCUCCCUCCUUCUUUUUCUAUUUCAGACAAUAAAAUGUCUUUAAUAUUAUAAUGGCAAGAAUAGGCAGGCAUAUGAUAUCGCGUGUUAUAUUGCCAUGUAUGUGCUAUAUAAAUUUUGUAAUAAUAAUUCUGUUUCGCUUCAUAAAUGUGAUGAUAAAUGUCUUUCAGGAGGGACUGAAGAAUCUAGAAUUGUUAAGAUAGAAUUGUUCUUCUUUUUAGAUUAGAUAUGAUUCAUGUGAUAUUAUAUGUGCGCGAUCUUAUUUCAGAACAAUGGCUGUGUAAUUUUAUAAUGCCAAGAAUAAAUGCUUUAAUUCGUAUUACAGUCUGUAAUAAAGUAAAUUCCUGUGAA